CCAACGCGCAGAGCAGAGUGCACUACUUAAAAAGCUGUGCGAGCAAAAGACUAGAAAAAGACGCUGCCUUAAGCUUCUGUAUACAAGAAGCACUCCUAUCUACAUCUUUUGUGUUUACGAAGACGUCAACAAGACUAACCCGCUACACACUGAAAGAUUCAACAUGGACCCUUUCAGCAUCGCAGCUGGUGCUAUUGGCAUCACCGGGGUCGCCACGACAAGCAUUGCACAGCUGCACACUCUCAUCGACGGUCUUUCCGAAGCUCCAGACGUAGUGGCCGACGUUGCUUCCAGCUUGGCCAACAUAGAGCGUCCACUAGCUGCACUCGAACAACUCCGGAUCUCGGACGAAGCUACUUCUAUUGCGGCCAAGGAGGACCUAAGGAAGGCUGGUGUCGCCGAAGCGGUUAACAAGUGCGGCGAUGUCUGUAAUGAGUUCAGCAAGAGCCUUCAAAAGUGGACGAGGCGAUCUAGCACCACGAAACUCUCUCUCAGAGAUCGACUCUCAGUCGGCAUGUGGAACAGAGAAAAGUUUCGUACGCUCAGGAGGCAGCUGCAAUGGUGCGAGGCCACCGUGCAUUUUGCCGUUACGAGCACGCAGCUGAUGAUCCAGCUCCGAGCCGAGAAGAUGUCCGAGGCUGAUCGCGAGAAUGUGCAGAAGCAGCUGCAGACUCUCGAGACGAAGAUCCGGGAGCACCUCGAUCUCACUAAAAAGCAACAAAAGGGAGCCCAGGAGCGUAAGCAAGAACUGCAGGAAGAGCCUGAGGAUGAGGAAGACGGCGGUUUAGAGCGGGCGCUAGCUAUCAAGGAGGUAGAAGAGCAGUUACGCGUACUCGAGGCCGACCAAGUGUCUUGCGGAGUAAUAUUAUCGCAGGUACGGUCUAAACGGAGUGAUCAUGACAUCGGCCACGUUGUAACCUCGGACAAUUCGCGGGCGCUAGUAGGCAUGCCAGAGAGCGUAGUGGGGAAGAUUAACCAGCGGAUCGCUGGCGUGAGAACUGACGGAGGCUCCCGAGCCGUCGUAGGUGUGUACAGCAGCGAUGGCUUGAAGGACUUCUGGGCUUAA